UUUAUCCUCUAUAUAAGGAAAUGAAGAACAGAGCUUAGGGUUUUACAUACACUUGGUUGUUCCAUAUCGUUACAGCAGCGGCGACCCACACUGAGACGAAGCACCUGUCUUCUCUUCAACUCUUCCUUCACAGCUGUCGCUGAUUCCUUCACCUCAGAAUGGAGUCUCAGAUCAAGCAUGCCAUAGUGGUGAAAGUUAUGGGUCGCACAGGAUCAAGGGGGCAAGUGACCCAGGUUAGAGUGAAAUUUAUUGAUGAUCAGAACCGGUUUAUCAUGAGGAAUGUCAAGGGCCCAGUGAGGGAAGGGGACGUGCUCACCCUGCUCGAGUCUGAGAGGGAGGCAAGAAGGUUGCGUUGAUCCCUUUCAUUGGCUCUAGCCCUGCAGGUUUUGAUUGCUUGCUAUAUAACCGUACUUUAUGCAUUGAUAGUACUUUGGUAUCUGAGGAUGGGGAUUGAUGAAGUGAAGUGCUAGUUUUGUUUACUGUUUGAGAAUGACAAUUAGUAUGUUUGAGUUUUGUUAAAAGCUUGUAUCAUUUAUGCUUGAGCUGGAGUAAAAUGUUUUAGGUGGUAUUAUUAAGCCAGUGUGAAAUCUCUUCAUUUUAUAUUUUUUGGGCACAA